CUCGCCGCCUUGGUCUUCUCCUAGCCGGGGGUGCGACUCUGGACCUAGAGUGGUUGUUACAAUGGAAGGAAUCAGUAAUUUCAAGACACCGAGUAAAUUAUCUGAAAAAAGUAAAUCUGUAUCAUGUUCAACUCCAUGUAUAAAUAUCCCUGCCUCUCCGUUUAUGCAGAAGCUUGGCUUUGGUACUGGGGUAAAUGUUUACCUAAUGAAAAGAUCUCCAAGAGGUUUGUCUCAUUCUCCUUGGGCUGUGAAAAAGAUUAAUUCUAUAUGUAAUGAACAUUAUCGAAGUGUGUAUCAAAAGAGAUUAAUUGAUGAAGCUAAGAUUUUGAAAAGCCUUCACCAUCCAAACAUUGUAGGCUAUCGUGCUUUUACUGAAGCCAGUGAUGGCAGUCUAUGUCUUGCUAUGGAAUAUGGAGGUGAAAAGUCCCUAAAUGACUUAAUAGAAGAACGAAGGAAAGAUAGCCAAGAUCCUUUUCCAGCAGCCAUAAUUUUAAAAGUUGCUUUGAACAUGGCAAGAGGGUUAAAGUAUCUGCACCAAGAAAAGAAACUGCUUCAUGGAGACAUAAAGUCUUCAAAUGUUGUAAUUAAAGGUGAUUUUGAAACAAUUAAAAUCUGUGAUGUAGGCGUUUCUCUAACAUUGGAUGAAAAUAUGACUGUGACUGACCCUGAGGCCUGUUACAUUGGCACAGAGCCUUGGAAACCCAAGGAAGCUUUGGAGGAGAAUGGUAUUAUUACUGACAAGGCAGACAUAUUUGCCUUUGGCCUUACUCUAUGGGAAAUGAUGACUUUGUCUAUUCCACACAUGAAUCUUUCAGAUGAUGAUGAAGAUAAAACUUUUGAUGAAAGUGACUUUGAUGAUGAAGCAUACUAUGCAGCUUUGGGAACCAGGCCACCUAUUAACAUGGAAGAAUUGGAUGAAUCGUACCAGAAAGUAAUUGAACUGUUCUCUGUAUGUACUAAUGAAGACCCUAAAGAUCGUCCUUCUGCCGCACGCAUUGUUGAAGCUUUGGAAAUAGAUGUGCAGUAUUAA